AUGACCCCGCAGCAACUAUGUGAGUUUGCUUGGGGCAUUUGCAAUAGAAACCAGCCAUUUCUUUGGAUAAUUACACCAGAUUUCACCAAGGGCCAAUUGGCAACUCUGCCACUCGAGUUCUUGAAAAAGACUAAAGAAAGGGGUCUGAUAGCCACAUGGAGCCCCCAGGAGCAAGCUCUUGCCCACCCUUCAAUCGGAGUGUUUGUGAGUCAUUUUGGGACUAGCUCAAUGCUUGCAAGCAUUUGUGCUGGAGUGCCUAUGAUCGGUUGGCCGUAUUUUGGUCCUGACCAUCAAGAGACCUGUCGAUAUAGCUGUAACAGAUGGGGUAUCGGGAUGAAGAUCAACGAGGAUAUGGAGAGGGAAGAAGUGGAAAGUCUGGUUCGCGAGUUGAUGGAGGGGAUGUGGGUAAAGCGUUGA